GAAAGAGAGGGAGGGAGAAAGACGGAGAGAGAGAGAGUGGGGGGACACCGCAGCAGGCAAGCCGACAAAGAGGAGCUGGCCGCCCGGCAACAUGAAGCUCAUCAACCCGUUGCAGCUGUCAGGCAGGAAGUGGCUCCUUCCGUGAUAGAUGGCAACCAUGGAGCUCAGAUAACUUCUUCCUCUUUUCUUCACCAAUCACUGCUCUGGAUCUGAUAUAACCAUGGGAACCUGGCGGGGUCUACGAGUGGCGUUCAUCGCAGGGUCUUUGUUCAUGAUCCUGGCGAUCAUCGUUUACUGGGAUGACGUCAGGGGCUUCAACCUCUACCCGCUGCAGGACCCCAAACACGAGUGGCCUCACUCUGAUUCUUACCCUCAGACGACGACUGCGGGCCCUUCACUUACUCCCCCGUCCACCAGCAAAGCAGUGACCACCACCACCACCUCCACCACCUCCGCAGUCCCUACCACCACCACCACCACAUCCAGCACCACACCUGAAGAGAAGGAGGAAGAGGAGGAGGAGGAGGAGGAGGAGGAGGGAAAGGAAACACAAGAGCAGAGGAAGGUGGAGACAAGGGAGGAUGAGGAAAAGGAAACAAGUAGUGCUUCUGUAUAUAACAGGGAACAGGAGGCGAGGAAGCAGAAGGUCAUGGAUGUGUGCUCAGGAAAGGAUUCGGAGGAAUUUCCCGGAAGGACUCGGCCAUUUGAGCAGAUUCCCAACAGGGAAUUGGAUCACUUAAUAGUGGAUGACACACACCAGAUUAUCUACUGCUACGUUCCCAAGGUAGCGUGCACCAACUGGAAGAGAGUGAUGGUGGUUCUGUCUCAGUCUCUGAUCUCGCCCUCCUCAGGAAAACCUUAUACUGACCCAGAGGCUGUUCCUCCUGACCUCGUACACAACUCGUCUCUGCACCUCACCUUUGCCAAGUUUUGGCGCCAUUACGGUUCACUAUCCCGCCACCUGAUGGCACUCAAGCUACAACACUACACCAAGUUUCUGUUUGUACGAGACCCUUUUGUACGUCUCAUCUCUGCCUUCAGGAACAAGUUUGGAAGGCCCAAUGAAGACUUCUACCGGCAGUUUGGUUCAGUCAUGCUGCGUCGUUAUGGUAACGUGUCUGGGAGUUUGCCAGAAACUGCAGCAGAGGCGUUUGCAGCAGGAAUCAAACCAACCUUUCAGCAGUUUAUCACAUACCUGCUGGAUCCAGAGACGGAGAAGGAGAGUAUCUUCAAUGAACACUGGCGGCAGGUUUACCGACUGUGCCAUCCAUGCCAGGUGAAGUAUGAUUUCAUUGGGAGAUUAGAAACCCUGGAAACAGACGCAGAGCACCUAUUGAAACUUCUGGAAGUGGAUCAUCUACUACACUUCCCUUCUGGGGCUCGAAACCGAACUGCAGCCAGCUGGGAAAGGGACUGGUUUGCACAGAUUCCCAUUAAUAUGAGGAGAGAACUGUACAAGCUGUACGAACCAGACUUUGAGCUGUUUGGCUAUCCCAAACCUGACAGCGUGCUCCACAAGUAGACCACAAACACAGCCAAAGGCCUGGGCGCUGCACUGUGUGUAGAGCCCACACCUCACCUAUCUGCACACAGCCAACAUAUGCCUUUUAAAGUUAAUGCUGUUUAUUUCAUUUUUGUUCUUACCUCAAAUGACAGAAGUGCCUGCCAGUAUUAUUUUAUUCUCUUCAUCAAUCUGUCUCAGUUUGUCAUCCUUUCAUUUGUGAAGCACACUCAUGUACACGCUACUUAAUCACAGUCUGUUUGCCUCAUGUUAAAGCACUUUGAACAGUAUUUUGACAGGUCAUGAGGAAAGGACUGGGGUUAGUUGUUGCCUGACAUUUCUGAAGGGACAUAAU